ACCACGGCGAGUGUAGCAGAUAUAGAAAAGCGAAAAGAUGUCUGAAAUGGCUAUAAGAGCACAAUUUGUAAUUUUACAUCAAUCAGGUACGAUUGAUUCGGAAGAAAGUGAAGAUCUUUUAGACCCACGCUUCAAUGUAAAAUAUGAAGAGUUUUUCCAGAUAAUAGCAGAUACACCCAACGUAGAAGUGGUUGAUAUCACAGUUGUGAGACCAGUUAAAAUUAUUAUAACGAAAAAAUUACUUUCAACGUGUACAAAUAACAAAGCUGAUAUUAUUUUCAUCAUUGGUGACGUUGAAUCCACUGAGAAACGAUAUGCGAAUAAAGCGAUUGAAACUGUUACUGUUGAUCGCAAAAAACUAUCUACAGAUUUGAUAAAUUUGAUGACAAACAUGGAAAAAAAACUGAAGGAGAUUACGCAUUAUAAAUAUGGAAUACGCAACAAAACGUUAUUCAUUAAUUUGUCUGGCUUAAACAACGAUAAAAGAGAGUGCUUUACAGCAAUUUUAGAUAUGCUGCCGAAUAUGACGCAUUUGAUACAUGAAAACGAAACUCAACGUCCUUCAUUAUCUGACAUUGCAUGCUCUUUCAAUGAUGAAUUUCCAAAACAGGGAAAAGAUAAGGAUGCAAAUGAAAAUCUUGAGACAUCCUCUGUUUCGCUUACAUCUUCGCAAUCAUCACUUACAGAAAAUAUGAACCAUAAUCCAAACAAUUGCCAUAAGGAAUUGUUUCGCACAAUUCCUUUAGAAGAAGCAUUGGACAUAUUGAAUCAGAUAGCACAAGCAGGGAUGGAUAAAAUAAAUCAUGAAUCGGUAAAGAUAAAGGAUGCUUAUGGCAGAGUACUAUGUGAAAACGUACAUCUGAAUUGUUGCGUGCCACCAUUUAGAACUUCCUAUAAGCAUGGAUACGCAGUGUCGGUAAAAGAUGGAAAAGGAUUGAGAAGAGUGCAGGAAGGAGAAAAUAGAUUUCCUCCGCUUCCGCUUCAACCUGGAACAUGCGUAUGGGUGAAUAAUGGAGCGCCUAUUCCCAAUGGAGCAACCGCAGUUGUUCCAGAGAAGGAUACAAAACCAUUAAAAAAAUCCCCGAACAACGACAGCAAGUAUAUUGAAAUAUUGAUUGAACCAAACUGCGGACAAAACAUUAAACCCAUAGGUUUCGACAUAUGUUCCAAAAAAAAUAAUAUUAUUCUAAAGAAAUUUACACGUAUUGGCCCAGAAGAAAUAGGACUUUUGACAGCUUGCGGCUGUAAAAACGUUACAGUCGCUAAACAGUUGUCUAUGGGUGUAUUGUCCAUCGGCGAUAAUUUAGAAGAACCUGGAGAACCUUUAAAACCAGGAUUUGUCUAUGACAUUAACAGAAUAACUUUAAUCUCACUACUAAAGCAUAAUAGCUACUCUCCUUUGGAUUUCGGAAUUGUAAAUAAUAAAUGUUCGUCUAUUCGGGAGAAAAUCGAGAAAGCUUUAGAAAGAGUAGAUAUACUUGUGACGACAGGCUCUAUUAAUGACAAAGAUUUAUUGAAGAUCAUUUUAACGAAAUAUUUGAAAGCCGAAAUACAUUUCGGUAAUGUAGAUAUAAAACCAGGAAAGUCAACGGCACUAGCAAGUUGCAUGUUCAAUGACGAGACAAAGUAUUUCUUAUGUUUGUCAGGAAAUCCGACAUCCGCUUUCAUUGCCGCGCAUAUGUUCCUUUUGCCUUUUGUGAACCAUUUGCAUUGCGAUUUAUCUGCAGGACCUGUUGCAAUAUCAGUUCAAACAAACCCGAGAAACGCUUUGUUUCUUUUACAUCAUCGUCGUAGAUUAGCGUGGGCAGAUUUAGAGUUCGAUGAUACAAAAAAAAUCACAAAAGCUUCCGGGAUGGAUAGUUUCUCCAAGGAUAAACUAUGUAAUAUGGUAUGUUCAAACGCACUUUUACUAUUACCAAAGAGAAAGCAAGGUGAAAAGCUACUACCUGAAACCAAUAAUACUACGGCAUUACUUAUCGACUAUCCCAGAAAGUUAAUAAAACUAUUACCUUAUCGUCUAAGACCUAAUUCGGCUCUAAAAAAAGUACAACAUAAAUACAAAAUCUAA